AUGACUGAGCCCGGGGCCAUUCAAGGGCUAGUUAAAGAUACGAUUGAUCGUCUACGCAAUGUUGAUCGUCUUAUCCAUGUAGGUGUGGGGUCUGUCUAAAGGAUCUAGGAGCUUAACAUUGGGCCGUUCAUGACCUUGCUGUUUCAGGGAAAGAAUCAGAAUCCAAGGACUUCGGACCCGGGGAUUCCGAAGGAAAAUCGUCGAUCUAAGACCAACACCAGCCCUGAACAACUUAUUCAUGACAAAGAAAACGUAACAGUUCCGGUUCUCGGUCAAAGUACCCAUAACAGAGACAUUACCAAAUCAGUUCAGCCAAGUACGAGCCAAAGGAGACCUUCUAA